UCAUAAGUUUAACUCUUUAUAACAAUGUUAUUAACAACAAACGGUACUCUAUACUUGUAAACAAAUAGACCAAAGUUUUAGCGGGAAACCGGAAAGGAUCAUCUUCUAGAUUGACGUAGGUCAGGUGUAUUAUAGGCGUACCUCAUUUCUUUUCACGCAUAGAGCGAUGGAAGAAGCUUCCCCCGACCCUCCUCGCCGGACAAGAGCUGCUCUUGCUGAGAUUCCUGCCCGCUUGGACCGUUUACGAGUAACUCCCUUCAGAACUCUCACCAAUACCAGAGAAACGUCACCAGGUCUACCCUCCGGUUACUUAAGUCCUGCUCCUUCACCAGAUGAACAACUAAUACAGCAACGAGGUCGUAAACGUUUACCGGACAAUUGGUCUCCUGACAUCGAUAUAAAGCAGAAUGCUACAUUUCACUCCACUGUUCGUACUCCACCCAAAAAUGUAUCUGGUCGAAAUUCACCAUCAAAGCUAAGUAUUUCAUUACGUUCGACACCCAGAAAACGCUUGUUACUAAGCGAUUCAGAUCGCAUACCUUUAACACCAGAGAAAAUAGAUUUCAGUGACAUUAGCACUCCUCAGAAGUUUAAAAUUACAAGCCCAGUGAAGGCUUCUCCCCCUAUUAAGCGUUGUAGACUUGAAUGUACUCCAGACGUAAGUUACAAAGGCCCAAUAGAUUCAGCGCUUAAAGGCUUGAGUCCUACACAAUUGAUAAAUAUGAUCAAGAAGAUUACAUACAAACAUCCAGACUUGGAAGAAGAGAUUAGAAAUGAUAUGCCUGCCCCCGACCUCACUCCCUUGGAGGAAAGACUAAGUUAUUUGAAAUCGAAUAUCUUCAAAGGUUUACCUGUCUCCAGGUUGACUUCCAAAACAGAUUCUCCAGCAUACUCUAGAGUUUCAAUUCAUCUAACGGCGUUUAAGAAGUGUUUGAUUGAACAAGGGAAGGUUUUAGUUGAAUCCCAACAUUGGAAGUCUGUGAUGGACUAUGUGUUUAUAGCAUGGAGUUAUGUACGAGCUACUCCAGUAUGGGACAAUCAGCCCCACAACGCUCAUAGAAAGCAAUGUUUCAAAGCACUCACAAACUUUUGUAUGAUGGCUUUGAAGAAAGGGCUCUUUAACAAGGAGUAUUUGAUUGAUAUUCAUGAUAAACUUCAAAGUAUGGAGGCAGAUAGUGAAGAUGUUAAGUCAAGUCUCAGAUUUAUACAGGGACAGCUGCAAACUGAAUUGUAAACUUAAUACAAUUAAUUUUAUUAAGUAUGAAUGUGUGACAAGGUUUGAUGAUUCUACUUUUAUGCAAACUAAAGCAAACAGAUUAGAACAUCAACUAUUGAAUUAUAAUAACUUUGUAUGUACUCAAUUAGCUAAUUAUUUAAUAUGAUAUUAUAUUAAUUUAUUGCUGCUUGAUUUCGACUUCUGUUUGCUUAAUUCUUUUUAUUAGUUUUAAUUAACUCAAUACAUAAGUUUUAAUGAUGUACAAUUAUUGAAAAUAUUUUCACAUAAAUGAUUAGCCUGUAUUGUAUGAUUUAUAUAUUAUGGGCUAAUGCAUUCACACAUUCAAACAAAUUGAGAAAAUGUGACUUGUUCAUCAAAUGAUUUAAUAUAAGACAAUAUAGUACCAUAAACUUCCAGUUAACUUGUAUAGUUUUAGGUUUGAAAGACAAACAUGUGAGGGGCCUCAUGGUAACAAAUACCGCUGCCCCAUUUCAAUUGUUUUGUCUUUGGCCAUAAGUUGAGUGGCGAUUAUUACUAACCAUCAUUAAUAUAUGGAGCUAGUUUCUCCUAUAUUUUCGUAAAAGUAGAUCAUGAAUCUAUUGCUACCCUAAAAGUUUUUUUUGGAGUAUGCAGAUGUCGUGCCUUUAAGAAAUUAUUUUGUUGACUGUUGGCUAGCAACUAUAUUUUUUUACUUACGCCUAAGUAUACUUGGGUAUAUUUCAAUAAAAAUUUUAAGCGAACUGGAAUAAUUAAAGAUUUUUGUUCUUCUAAAACUUAAUUAAAAAAUUUUAAGUAAUGAUAUCUAUUAUUGCAUUUUCGCCCUCAACCACAAUUCUGGGAGAAUAAUUUACUUAUCAGGUUUGUUAUUCCGAACAAAUAUUGUAAGUAUUCAAUUGGGUUUGUUUCCGAAAUGUCUCUAUAUAAAGUAAAUGUUAAGGAAUGUUAUCGAAAAUUAGUUAAGGAAACUUUAUCUUUCCAUAAUUGUGUGCCUUAAUUUUAUUUAGUCGUUAAGAAUGGAAUGGGAUGAAUUAUUUUUGAUACCUACCCAAGAUUGUUAAAAGAGGUGAAGACACAGACUUCAUUCAGCAUCAGUAGUUAGUUACACAAUGAAAUAUAUUUUAAAAGGAUGGGUGCGUGCAAAGUAGGGACAAAGUAUGAUCGGCGGGCGAUAAAUAGUUGAUGAUUAAUAAGGAUUAACUCACAUUAUAAUGGCCGUUGUCGAAUGGCGACCACAUACCGGAAAUAAGCAGUGUUGGUAGGCCCCCCACAAGAUGGACCGAGGCUCUGGUCAAGAUCGCCGGAAUAGGUGGGAUGAAGGCAGCCCAGGACCAAUCGUCGUGGAGAUCUUUGGGGGAGGCCUUUGUCCAGUAGUCUUCCGGCUGAUAUGAUGAUGAUGAUAAUCGUGACGGGAAGGAACUUAAAUCGCAAUCAAUAAAAUUCCCUUAGUUGACGGAAGAUGUUGUUUGCACACAUAAUUUAAAGCUGUGAUUCAUAAAUCUUAGCAAUCCCAAAACAUAUUCUACAGAAAGUUAAGAUGAAAUUUCAAACCAUUAAAAAAGGAAUGUUGUAAGAAAGAAAUACAUUUUCAUUUUUUAAUUUCAGUGCCACUAAGUAUAUCAAGACUAAUUAUCCAAAUGCGACCCUCCAUUUUAUCAUGUACUUGUUACGUACCCUGUCUACAGGAUGCUACAAAAUCAACCAAGAACAUAAAUAUAUUUUCUGUAAAUAAGCACAUUUUAAAAAAAAGUAAAAAAUCGGAGUAAUACCGUACCCAAUUAUAAUAGUUUGGACGCCUCUGCCUUCGGGAAUUUUCCCCCGCCCACACACCCAUUUCAUUCAUAAUUCCUACGAGCUGUACCGUAGUUACAAAUAUUGCGCUCUAGGUACAUGAACAUAUUAAAAUAUUCUUCAUUCGAGUACAUAACGCACAAAAACUAUCACGAACUAACAGUAUAACACCAGAAAUCACGCAACUGACGCGAGUGCAAAAUUUGCACUCCCGAUCUCGAAGCGUGUUGACGUGUAACUGAGUGACUGUAAUUUGUAAUUUUGUAAAGCAUUAAUUCUAAUUUCCGUGAUUGGCGGCAUCGAUCAAAGAACAUACAAAGGUGCGAUAGGCCCCGCCUUAUUCGUUUGAGCCGCCGCUUAGCUGAUGCUAGCUCUCCGCCAUUGGACCGAGGUCAGGGCGAUGACCUCAGUUUACUGGCAGAAUAAUAAGUCAGGCGUUCUCAAGAUUUUUUAAAUCAUUUAAUGUUCUUUUGCUGUAGCUAUUGCUAUGGGUUAGUCUAAGCGGUUUUGAUUUUCAAUUUUAUUUUUAGUGUUGUCUCCGCAUUCAACUUCAUGUCCGUGUCAAAUAUUGUACAUGUUUUUUUUAACACACUGUAUAGUCGUGGUAUACAUGGUAUAUGUUUAACAAAAGAAUUGUUUGACUGAGGUAGAUACAUUUUAUGGUAUGCCAGUACAUUCUACGUACGAUUCUUGAGCAUUGAGCGAAAUUACCUGGGACCUCCUGUCGCGUUUGCUGAUGAUACGCCCUGCCUUAUCUAAUAUAUUAUUGCUGUGCAUUUGUCAACACACUUCCAGCUCUUGUAGUUUUGGGAUCUAUAUGUCAAUUAUUUUAAAAUUUGUGUGUUCUUGCGUAAAAACUUGGGCUGCAUUUAGUGCAUGACCGAUGGUCAGCGCUGACGUUGGUCGAUCGUAGCUAAUUACUAUGAAAACAUAUGAACGCGUUCAGUCCAGCGCUGAUGAAUUGCUACACCCGUAGGUAAAGCUACGGCGCGCUGACGAGAAUCGUCGAUCGGGCUCAUCGGUCCGUUGACGCGCUAUGGCGAUAAAUUAUACACGCUCAAUCAAGUUUGUUGUCAGCUGAGCACUAAACGCAUCAUUGUCAGCGCGUACGGAUACGGGCUACGGUCGACCGACGUCAGCGCUAACCGUCGGUCAUGCACUAAAUGCAGCCAGUGUAAGACUGUAAGGCCUAGUUCAUAUACAAACAUAAAUGCUAACGAAAGUCUCUUCGGUGAAUUGUAUACUCACUCUUUCGCCGUCGUUUGUUAUAUAUGGACCCGGCAUAAUGCAUAACGUAAUGGAAUCGAUUCAACAGUUUUAUGUUAAGUGUAUUUUAAUCAUUGUUCUAUUGUGCCUUUGUCGACGUUGAAUGUAGACUUCCUAAGAGAUAUGUGUGCUGUUUUAAAUAAAUCGUGAGUAAUAAA